UGUAACUGUGACAUUGAUUGGAACCGUGAGGUGGAUGGUCUCUGUUGUUUAGGUUUAUAAUCGAUAUUUUGAUUUGAGAAGAUAUGGCUACCAAACAUUACUUAAAUCACAGCGACCGCAAUGAAUCUGAAUCUUUUGAAGAUGCCGAUGAAAAAUCUUACAGAAAAACUCAAUGGGUAAAAUUAAAUGUCGGCGGGACUUAUUUCUUGACAACUAAAACUACGCUCUGCCGUGACCCCAACUCCUUUUUAUACCGGUUAUGCCAAGAGGACCCAGACUUAAACUCUGAUAAGGAUGAAACUGGUGCAUAUUUAAUUGAUAGAGAUCCUUCAUACUUUGGGCCCAUUUUAAAUUACCUUCGUCAUGGAAAACUGGUUAUAAAUAAAAAUUUAGCAGAGGAAGGAGUGUUGGAAGAAGCAGAAUUCUACAACAUCACAGAAUUAAUCAGAUUAAUAAAAGAAAAGAUUAAGGAGAAACAUGUGAAAAUGACGAAGAAUGAUUCAAGGAAGCAUGUAUACAGAGUUCUGCAAUGUCAUGAAGAUGAGCUCACUCAGAUGGUUUCAACAAUGUCUGACGGUUGGAAAUUUGAGCAGCUCAUUAACAUUGGUUCUUCUUACAAUUAUGGGAAUGAGGAUCAUGCUGAGUUUUUAUGUGUUGUGUCUCGUGAAUAUCCUGGCACAUCAUCCAUUUCUUCAGAUUUUGAACCUACCGAUAGAGCUAAGGUUAUACAGCAGAAAGCCUCACGAAUGUGAAUACCAUCCACCUCCCCUUACUAAUGAAGAAACGAUGUUGUUGAUGUGUAGACAUCUGUGAUAAUAUAUUUCUGUAAAUCUUCUGUCUUGGUGUUUUGCUCUGAUUUUUUGGAAUGUUAUACUUUGUGAGAGACCAUUUUCUUCUAUUUAAAAGAAUAUUAAAGGACAUUGAACCUAUUUUUUUUAUUUGUUAAUGGGUAGUAAAACCAACUGUUCAUAACAUUGUAUUAAUAUUUAUACAUGUUUACAUAUAUUUGAUGUUAAAUUAAAACAUUCUACCUAUAGUUGACUCUAUGAUAUUGAUGUGUUUCUAGAUCUUACAGCUUUAAAUUUUUAUUGUUGCCUUUGCAAUAUUAAAUGGCUUUUUACCAGAUGAGGCAAAGUAUUUAUUGUAUUUUCAAGAAUGCAUUAAUAUGAAAAACAAGAUGUAAUAUUUAUGAAAUGUGUCCAUGCACAAAUUUGUUAUUGUUAAAGAAUGUAAAUGAUAAAAAUAAAAUGAUUGUGUGUAUUUUAAUUAUGUUUGCCUUUUCCUUGCCAAAGCUUAAAAAUAAUGUUGUUGAUAAAUUCAAACUUUUUAUAUUUUUUAUCAUAAUUAUUUUUAUAAAAGUUGACCCAAAACCUGAUUAAAACAUACCUUUAUUUUCAUUGCCU